ACAUCUCUUCGACACCCCCAUGACGGACCCCGAAUCGCCGAAGCACAAGCCAAGCGCACUACCGAAGCCAACACUUCUACCGACGAAAUUUUUAAAAACUAUCAUAAAGUCCGUCUUAAAUGAGGGCUGAAACGGGGCCUUUUAACCACCGAAUCCAUACAGAGUGCGGCCUUGUCUCUUCAAGGCGUAUACCACAUCCAUGGCGGUCACCGUCUUCCUCUUGGCGUGCUCGGUGUAAGUGACCGCGUCCCGGAUCACGUUCUCCAGGAAGACCUUUAGGACACCCCGCGUCUCCUCGUAGAUUAGGCCGGAGAUUCUCUUCACUCCGCCUCGCCUAGCCAGCCGGCGGAUGGCCGGUUUGGUGAUCCCCUGGAUGUUAUCUCGGAGCACUUUGCGGUGACGUUUGGCGCCUCCUUUGCCCAGUCCCUUGCCGCCUUUACCACGUCCCGACAUGCUGCGCUAUAACUACACUCAACCAACCAGCCGAGAACAACAACAACAACGGCAGCGGCAGACUGAGGUACAGGCCCUUUCUUCUCAAAGAGAUCUUGAGCUGAAGCGGACCUGGGUGUAAUACGCGCACUGACGUCACCGCUCUGCUGUGUUCCCGCCUCCAAAUGUUUCAAUUUCCAGCUCUAUCCGGAAAUGGAGAGAGUUGAUUGAUUGACUUCUCUAUUCCUUCCAGCUUCAUUUUUUACUUGUAGAAAAACUGGACUGUCAUCAAGAGUAAGGAAACUUUGUCGAAGCGAGACUUACAGAUUAUCUAGCCUGGUCCAGUUUUUUACGCCUGCUCGCUUUGGGUAGCAGCCUCUGUAGUCCACUUCAGACAGAGAGAAGUACUACAACUCCCGAGCAUCUCCCCGCCCGCUGCAAAGCGACGUGACCCCAGCCAGUGGAGUUGAAAAAGCAGGAGUUUCACCCUAGUCGUUCCACUGUCGAGGGCUUCUCCAUGACUGACAACAUGUCAGCAGCGGCAACAAAAUUCCGUCUGGCACUUAUUCAGCUCACAGUGUCACCUCUGAAAGCCAGUAACCUCAGCAAAGUCCGAACAUUGGUGAAGGAAGCAGCAUUGAAGGGGGCAAAGGUUGUAGCACUCCCUGAAUGUUACAAUUCUCCAUAUGGAACAAAUUAUUUCCCAGAAUAUGCAGAAAAAAUCCCAGGCGAGUCAACUCAAGUGUUGUCUGAAGUAGCAAAGGAUAAUGGGAUUCACCUUAUUGGAGGUUCCAUUCCAGAGGAAGAUGGUGGGAAGUUUUACAACACCUGCACAGUGUUUGCACCAAAUGGAUCCAUGUUGAUGAAAUACAGAAAGAUUCACUUGUUUGAUAUUGAUGUACCUGGGAAAAUCUGUUUCCGGGAAUCCAAGACACUUUCUCCUGGGAACACAUUGUGUACCUUUGACAUGCCCUAUUGCAAGGUUGGGAUUGGGAUCUGUUAUGAUAUGAGGUUUGCAGAACUUGCUCAGAUUUACACAAAAAGAGGCUGCCAACUUCUAGUUUAUCCAGGAGCGUUCAACAUGACCACAGGACCAGCCCAUUGGGAGCUCUUGCAAAGGGCGAGGGCUGUUGAUAAUCAGGUUUAUGUAGCAACAGUUUCACCAGCACGAAAUGAGAAUGAUUCCUAUGUGGCCUGGGGUCACAGCAGUGUUGUAAACCCAUGGGGUGAAGUUGUAGCCAAGGCCGGUCAUGAUGAGACUAUUGUUUAUGCAGAUAUAGAUUUGAAUUAUCUUUCAGACAUUCGUGAACAGAUACCAGUUCUAAAGCAGAAACGACAUGAUCUUUAUAGUGUGCAGGCAAUGCAAGAUUAAGAAUCACAGUCUCAAGAUUAUACUCAGAAGCAGUAGAUGAAAUACAAAUCUUCCAAUUACCUCACGAAUUUAUUAAUAGAUGUGAAAUGCAUUGAUUUCAGACUGUAGGUACAGAAAACAUCAGUUCUCUUGCUUAGAGUUAUGGAAUAUUAGCAGCAACUUGUAAUAAAGUCUUCAGUUUUAAAUGACAAA